CGCCACACUAAACAAACAUAAAAAAUGGUAAGAGGUUGAGCUUCCUAUUCAAUUUCCAGACUGUCGUUUACCCCAUAACUCCAUUUUUGGACAUCAAAUCUAAUCAAAAUGCUCACUUUGUUUUCUCUUCUUCUUUGUCUUGGUUUUGGUCUUUUUCCUCCAAAACCAAUUCCCUCACACUUUUCAGCCACCCUUUACCUUAAACUUUCAAAAAAUCUCAUCUUUCACUCCAAAACCAAAAGGUACUUGCUUUAAGCAUCAUCAAUAUGGGGAUAUUGUAUGGAAUGGUUGCAAGGGGACAGAUUGUUUUGGCUGAGUUUAGCGCGACUCAGAGCAAUGCUAGUGUUGUAGCUAAACAGAUACUUAACAAGAUUAAUCAAGGGACUGAAAAUUAUAAUGAUAGCAAUCUAUCGUUUUCGCAUGAUCGCUAUGUGUUUCAUGUUAGGAGAAACGAUGGUCUCACGGUUCUUUGUAUGGCUGAGGAAGCAUUUGGAAGAAGGAUUCCAUUUUCAUUUCUUGAAGAUAUUCAUAAUAGAUUUGUGAAGACAUAUGCUCGUGCAAUUCUUUCAGCUCCUGCCUAUACUAUGAAUGAUGAAUUCUCCAGAGUUCUCAGCCAACAGAUGGAUUAUUACUCUACUGACCCAAAUGCUGACAGAUUAAACCGUCUCAAAGGUGAAAUGACUCAGGUGAGAACGGUUAUGCUUGAUAACAUUGAUAAAGUGUUGGAGAGAGGUGGUCGUUUAGAAAUGCUGGUUGAGAAAACUUCAGCAAUGAACACCAAUUCAGUUCGUUUCAAAAGACAGUCUCGUCGUUAUAAAAACAACGUGUGGUGGAUGAAUGUUAGGCUAACGAUUACCCUUAUUAUGAUUUUUGCCAUAGUCUUUUACAUUAUACUCGCAUUUAUGUGCCAUGGUCCUUUCUUGACUUCUUGCUGGAGAUAAGCUCUCUCAAGGCUAGCAAUCAUUUUUAGCAAUGCUUUUUUUGACCAAUAAUGCAUAUUAUUGGGUCAACCAAAAAAAGGGAUAGUCAUACUUGUAUUUAUUGGGAUACAAUCAUUUAUAAUGUCCAUAGGCUUAUGCAAGUUUUAGAAAAUUGCUAGGCAAUGUGGAUUACCUUGAAUUGCAAGAUACCCUGUUGUAUCGGGUAUAUAUUGACGAUUCUCAAGGAACACUGUAAUUUGUUUUCCCUUAGUUCUCUUGCAUUCACUUGAAUUAUAAUAACCUUUGAAAUGUGCAAAGGGAAAUUUCUUA